GAAAUUGGGGUUUUAUAGAUUUCUCCGAUUUGUGUAGCGUCGGGUUUUUUCGACCGGAGAGAGAGAGAGAGAGAGAAAUGGGGAGGAGGAUUUUGAACGAUGCGUUGAGGACGAUUGUGAAUGCGGAGAGACGAGGAAAAGCUUCGGUGGAGCUCAAACCAAUCUCCACCGUUAUGUCUUCGUUCCUCAGAAUCAUGAAGGAGAAAGGUUAUAUCAAGAACUUUCAAGUCUAUGAUCCACAUAGAGUUGGUAGAAUAACAGUUGAUCUGCAAGGGAGGGUUAAUGACUGCAAAGCUCUUACCUAUAGGCAAGACGUUAGGGCUAAAGAGAUUGAGAAGUACACUGAACGCACACUUCCUACACGUCAGUGGGGUUAUGUUGUAAUCACAACCCCGGAUGGAAUUUUGGACCAUGAAGAAGCAAUCAAACGGAAUGUGGGUGGUCAGGUUCUUGGCUUCUUUUACUGAGUAGCUUAAGCUAGCACUUGGCAAGAACCUUCUAGUGUCGAAAGGAUUCAACAAAUGUUUGAAAUUUCGAUCCUUCUUCCUGUUGCUUUUAGUUUUUGUAACUUGCAUAUUGCCUUUGCAUAUUGCCUGUUCAAAGGGUUACGGAUAUCUAUCAAAAGGAUUCAAAAAAGUUUGAAUUUUCGAUAAUGUAACAUCUUAUUCUUCUGGUU